AUGCGGGUGUGGUCGUGGGAACAGUGCUGGGAGACGGGCCUGGUCCUGCUGGGCUUGCUGGCGCUGGCCGUGUCUGUGGGGAACCCGUCCAGCAGACGGCUGCAGGAGGACGGCGUGGCGUCCAACUCUCUGGAGGAGGAGCUGGAGGUGACCACGUACUGGUGGGGCGAGUGGGCCAAGUGGACAGCCUGCACUCGGGCCUGUGGAGGGGGAGUGGUGUCUCAGGAGAGACACUGCCUCAAACAGAGAAAGAAAGUUGCAGCUGGGAGAGACAACAUGACCUGUACGGGAACGGCUAAGAAAUAUCAUCUCUGCAACACCGAAGAAUGUCCUGCCACUGGGAGGAGCUUCAGAGAGGAGCAGUGCUGGUCCUUCAACUCCCAGCUGUACAACGGGAGGAACUACCAGUGGAAACCUCUGUAUCCCGACGACUACGUCCACAUCUCCAGUAACCCCUGCGACCUCCACUGCACCACCACCGACGGCCAGAGGCAGCUGAUGGUGGCGGCGCGGGACGGCACGUCCUGCAAGUACAGCAGCUACCGCGGCGUCUGCGUGGACGGUAAGUGUGAGCCAAUCGGGUGCGACGGCGUGCUGUUCUCCUCCAACACAUUGGAUCAGUGUGGCGUCUGUCAGGGAGACGGCAGCAGCUGCAGCAGAGUCACCGGAAACCUCCGCCGCGGAGCCACGACUCUGGGUUACUCUUUCAUCACUCAAAUCCCUGAAGGAUCCUGGGACAUCCAGAUCAUUGAGAGGAAGAAGUCUGCCGAUGUGCUCGCCGUCACCGACCAAGCGGGCAACUUCUUCUUCAACGGGGCCUACAAGGUGGACAGCCCCCAGAACUUCCACGCGGCCGGCGGCGUGUUCAAGUACCGCCGGCCCAUGGACGUGUACGAGACCGGGAUCGAGUACAUCGUCGCCAAAGGCCCCAUCGACCAGGCCAUCAACAUCCUGGUGUGGAACCAGAGCGGCCGCACGCCGUACAUCACCUACGAGUACACCGUCCUCCGAGACUCCCUGCCGCCGGUCCCGCCUCCUCCCGUCUACACCGGGUCCGACGCCUCGGCCGGAGAGGUUUCGGCGGAGGUGGGCGGGGCUCCGCUGGCGGCCCCCAACGGCAGCGUUUACGACCAGGUGGCCACCGAGGGCCGGCCGGAGCCGGAAGGCGCCGACGGGCCGAAGGGCCAAGAGACCAACGAGGUGUACGAGGAGACGGCGGCCAUCGACUGCGACCAGGACGCAGCCCCAAAGGUUACAGAGGAAACAGCAGCCAUGCGGGGCGGCACCGUCAUCCCCGGACCCGCCGCCGGGCCCCUGGACCCGGGCCCAGACUCCCCGAACCUCAUCUGGAGGGUCCUGCUGGACGGCCGAAACGGGCCCGACGAGCUGCUCGUCAACAUCUCGACCAAUCAGCUGUUGACGGAGGGGGACAGUUUGUACUCGUUAGAGGUGGGACCGGCAGAGGUGGACCCGAGCGGCCCGGAGCAGGACGGGCCGCUCGGCGCCAACGGCACGCUGGAGUUCACCCUGGGCCGCAAGCGCAACGACAGCGGAGAUGGUUCCUUCCAGAACAAAACCGUGCAUAGCGGUGGGAGGACCUCCAGCCGCUCCAACAGAACCAGGGGGAAUCAAAGGAUCUACCAGAAGAACCUGAAGCUGAGUGUCGCUGACAUGUACCGCUGGAAACUUUCCUCUCAGGAGCCCUGCAGCAUGACCUGCUCUAUAGGAAUUUCCAAGUCCUUUGUCACGUGCAUCCGGUAUGACGGCGUCGAGGUGCACGACAUGUACUGCGACGCACUGACCAGACCGGAGCCGGUCCACGACUUCUGCAUCGGGAGAGAAUGUCCGCCCAGGUGGGAGGCGAGCAGCUGGAGCGAGUGCUCCAGGACCUGCGGGGAGGGCUUCCAGUUUCGUCAAGUUCGCUGCUGGAAGAUGCUCUCGCCGGGCCUGGACAGCUCGGUCUACAGCGACCUCUGCUCCGUGGCCGACCUGGAGAGACCCAUGGAGAGGCGGCCCUGCAAGAGCCCCGCCUGCGGCCCCCAGUGGGAGGUGGCCGAGUGGACGGAGUGUCCGGCUAAAUGUGGCCGCAAAGCCCAGGUGACCCGCGUACUGUCCGCCUGCUCCUACGAGACCCGACCGUGUGACCCGGCGACCAAACCACCGAACGUCAAAAACUGCACCGGUCCGCCCUGCGAGCGCCAAUGGACCAUGUCCGAGUGGGGGCCGUGCUCGGGGUUGUGCGGCCAGGGGAAGACGAUGCGUCACGUGUACUGCAAGGCGCCGGAGGGCCGCGUGGUUCCUGAGAACCAGUGCUCGGCGGAGGACAAGCCGCUGGCCAUCCACCCCUGUGGGGAGAGAGACUGUGCUCCACACUGGCUGAGCCAGGACUGGGAGAGGUGUAACACGACCUGUGGUCGCGGCGUGAAGCGAAGGCUCGUCCUGUGUGUCGGCAUCAGCGCAGGAAAGUUCCAGAGCUUUGAUGACGAGGCGUGCGGCGGUAGCGAGAAGCCCGAAGAGGAGAACACCUGCUUUGAGAGGCCGUGCUUCAAAUGGUACACCACCCCCUGGUCUGAGUGUACAAAGACGUGUGGCGUGGGUGUGAGGAUGAGGGACGUCAAGUGUUACCAGGGCAGGGAGCUGGUCCGAGGCUGUGACCCCCUCACCAAACCGGUGGCAAAGCAGACCUGCACUCUGCAGCCCUGCCCCACCGAGCCGCCAGAUGAGAGUUGCCAGGAUCGUCCCUCCACCAACUGCCUGCUGGCGCUGAAGGUCAACCUGUGCAGCCACUGGUACUACAGCAAGGCCUGCUGCCACUCCUGCCGCGCCCUGCGACCUCCAACCUCCUAGUCCAGGACACCGCCUCUCCACCCGACUCCAGCACGAGGAAACCGAUGAGUACGUUUAUGUAAACGUGGUACUACAGUUACUGUGAACAAUGAAGUCCAGAGCUUUCUCCUAUGAAAUGGAUUUAUGUGGGUUAAUUUGUCAGUUUGUUCAUUUAAAUGAUCUAAAAUGAAUUCUGA